AUGCCUAUUUUAACAGGUUAUACUCGAAACUCAUUCGCAGACUUCCGCAGUAGACGCAGUUCUCCCACCCGCAGCAAUUCUCCACCACAUCGAUCUGAUAAAAAGUCACAGUCGAACCAAAGCCCUCCAACACCAGUGGAGGAACAUUCCAGGUUCUAUUUUGACGAUGACAUCGUCUCUUUCAUCGUCGAAAACCGGGUGAAGAUUAGGAUUCAUAAGCAUUUUCUCGCACGAGAAUCGUCGUUCUUUCGGGGAGUGUUUGCUUCUGGUCCUAGAGGCCCAGAAAACACCUAUGUGGUGAAUGGCCUGAGCAUAAAUGAGUUUGAAUCUCUUUUGUCAUUCUUUUACGAUGGGAUGUAUCUCUUGUCACCUACCACCGCACCAAUCCAAUCAUGGGUCGAUAUAUUAUCCAUCGCAACUCAGUAUGACCUACCAAAGGUUCGGGAACAUGCCAUCAUUGCGAUAGACACCUGCCAAUCAUUCGCGAGCUCCUCAAACUGCCUUAGCCCAGCUGAAAUAAUACAUGUUGCAGACAAAUACGGUGUCGAAAAAUGGUUGAAACCUGCGUAUUUAGCGCUUUGUGAGCGCGAAGUGCCCCUUUCAAAAGAAGAAGCUGCGAAGAUAGGGAUGGAGAAGGUUGUGAUGAUAGCUCAUGCUCGGGAGCGACUUUUGAGGAUAAAACUUGACGCGAUACAGGUUGAUGCAGCAGGCAUUAAGGAAGAAGAGCCGAAUUCCCGGUCCUUGCCAUCUGAUACAGAUUCAGCCUCUCAGCCUAAAUUACGACCUGGCUGGAGAACGGUGCAACGGCAACCUCAUUCAUCCAGGGUGCAUACUUCGCUGGAUCCAGCCUGGGGUUCACCACCUCCCAGAUCACCCCCCGUUUCUCCGAGAUUCCCUCCCGGGCAAACGACGACAUCUCCAUGGUCCUCUGCGAGUGAUGGGACUUGGAGACUUCUUUCCAAGGAUCUCCCACCUCCAGCGACCACACAGUCAUCUUCUUCUGUUGGUCCUCCCGUACCAUUGGCGGAUGGAAAUUUGCGCGAGUCUAGUACAAUUGAUGGUGGUAACAACAUAUUCCAAGCACUUUUUGGAACGGACGGUCGUGGAACUGUGUAA